CUGAUACUCCUCCUCCUGCUUACCUGCCUCCAGAAGAUCCGAUGACACAUGAUACCUCUCAGCCGAUGGAUACCAACAUGAUGGCACCCACAAUUCCCCCUGACAUACACAGAGGAGAUGUUCAGGCGGUUGCUUAUGAAGAGCCGAAGCACUGGUGUUCCAUUGUCUACUAUGAGCUGAAUAAUCGUGUUGGGGAGGCAUUCCAUGCUUCUUCCACCAGUGUCCUGGUGGAUGGCUUCACUGAUCCUUCAAACAACAAGAACAGAUUUUGCCUGGGGCUGCUCUCAAACGUUAACCGCAACUCCACCAUUGAGAACACUAGGCGGCAUAUUGGCAAAGGUGUGCACCUCUAUUAUGUUGGUGGGGAAGUGUAUGCUGAAUGUCUUAGUGACAGUAGUAUUUUUGUGCAAAGUCGGAACUGCAACUACCAUCAUGGGUUCCAUCCCACCACAGUCUGCAAAAUCCCCAGUGGCUGCAGUUUGAAGAUUUUCAAUAAUCAAGAGUUUGCUCAGCUCUUGGCUCAGUCAGUGAACCAUGGCUUUGAGACAGUGUAUGAGCUUACUAAGAUGUGCACUCUCCGUAUGAGUUUUGUAAAGGGUUGGGGAGCUGAAUAUCAUCGCCAAGAUGUAACGAGCACUCCAUGCUGGAUAGAGAUACAUCUUCAUGGUCCCCUUCAGUGGCUGGAUAAAGUACUUACUCAGAUGGGCUCUCCUCAUAACCCUAUUUCUUCAGUGUCUUAAAAGGUCCUAAGCUCCUGCAUUUUGGAAACAAUUGAGCCUUGCAUGUACUUGAAGGACGUAUGAGUCAGACACACACUUCUCCCCACCCCCUCGAACUGGCAACAGCUGAAUAAGAGCCUUGAAAAUACUUGACUUCUGUGACCAACUGUUGGAUUCAGAAGAAGAAAAGAGGAAAAAAAAAAAAAACACCCCAAACACCAACAAAACCCCAACCCCUUUGACAUACUGUUGGUAUCAAGAAUUUUAGUUUACAUUGUAAUGUACUGUUGCAAAGUUGAUUUGCAGGGCUUAGUGCAACGGGGACGACCGAGCCAAAACCACAAUCUGUUGGACCGAGUUCCCGAAGGAUCUUCCUGUAGCUGGCACUCUGAGAUUCUCUUUCUUCCUUAUGUUCAGCGCAUGCUGUUUUCCCCUGUGUCCUCUGGGGCUAAGAGGCGAUGUCAGCGAAGUCUGCUUUUUGCAGGCUCUCUGCAGUACAUUUUAAAACCAUUUGUCUAAGUUGAUGGUUGCUGUUCUCUUUAAAAGAAAAAAAAAAGUCAUAAAGUUUAAUCUCAAUAACUAUGUAAUUAUCUUUGAAAUUGUGUCCUGACCAUACUGCUGUAAGAAUGUUAGGUAUGUUUUUUGCUAAAUGUAUGUACGGUGUAUUUGAAAGUUUAGAAAUUAAUUAGAUUUAGACCAUAAAGGAAUUAGGAGUAUUUGAAUGGGGGGGGAGGUGGGAGUGGGAAGGGAAAAUGACAACUGAACUGUAGAAUAUAUUGUAAACAUAGCUUGUUAGUUUAAACUGAGGUCUGAGUUUUGCUGUGCAUUUCAUUUUUGUAGUGGCUUCAUCUUGUUAAUUCUGACUAUUUUUGCCUCUUCGUUUUCCCCCAAAAUGAUUGCACACCUGGUUAAUUCUUUUACCUGUGAAGAGGACAAAACGAUUAAUUCCUGCAGUUUUAAGGCUGCACCUCUAUGUAUUUCAAGACAAAAUUGUACAGAGUGCUCUUUAACUAUUGAGCAGUUUUAUACAGUUUAUGUAACAGAAGUAGGCUUUUAAUUUUGUAAGAGAAUCUUGUUUUGCCAAACCUAGUAACCAUUAAUUGUUUGGAGGACUUCGAAAUCCCUGUGUGGGUCUAUUUCAAACUUAAAGAAAAUAUAUAUUUUUAAUUUUU